AGCGCAGGGGCCGGGCUGGUCCCGGUCCCGCUCCGUUCCCUGCUCCGCAGCAGCGGGACAGAGCCGGCAGCGGAAUCCCCCGCGCCCAGGCGUCGAGAGGGACCCCGCGCGUCUCUCGCCCCGGUGCCGCUCGGCGUGGCCGGGGCUGGGGACGCCCAGCGCCCGUGACCGGGCCCUUCCCGGCGGCUCGCAGGUAACCACGUAGUAGUGACUGUCAAGGAAGUUUCCCCUUGCUUCUCCUGAAGGAGAAGUAGGCCCUGAGCAAGGAUGCAGCAGCCAGAAGCUGGUGAUGGGAGCAGAGCCAUUCCCUCACCAUGUCCACCUCAGGCCAACAUCACUGAUGGCUCAUUCUACACACGCCGCUGCAUCACUGAGGAUCUCAGUUGGUCCCUGGUCACUGUGCCCCACCUCACUGAGCUCUGCCUCCAGCAUAUUGCACACAAUUUUGAAAAGAACCCUAUUUUGAACUAUCUUCUGCCUGAGCACCAAAAGAAGGUGGUGGACAGGCUCUCCACCAGCCUUCCACUCACUGUGACUGCCAACAUUGUAAGCCAUGAGGAGUACUGGAAGAGGUGCUGUAUGGAGCGCUGGCAAGCGUGUGACGUCUCCAACUAUGGGGACAGCUGGAAACAGAUGUUCUUUGAACGUCACCUGGAGAACAUUCUGAAGUUCUCCAUCCCUAACAUCACAGACCCCAAGCAGGUGCUAGAGCUCAUCCCGCUCUGCAAAAGCUACGUGCGGAAACUGGAGAUCAAUCAGUUCCUGCCACCUUUGUGGGUGCAUCAAAAGGAGGAGAGCAAUGACCUCUCUGACACAGAGGAUGAUGCUGAAAUUGGUGAGGUCUACAUGCAUCAUUACAACCUGAAAGAUGUCAUUACUGCCCUCCCGCACCUUGAAGAGCUUCAUCUCAUUUAUGGUGUAAAGAGCUGUGGCAUGAACUUUGAGUGGAGCCUCUUUAACUUCACUGAGCUGGACUGCUCCAACUUGGCUGCUGCUGUGAAGAUGUGCCGUAACUUGAAAGUUUUCAAGCUGACACAAAGCAAAGUGGAUGAUGACAAGAUCAAGCUCCUGGCCCGUAACUUGCAGCAUCACCCUUCCUUGUUGGAGCUGGACUUGUCCCACAAUCUCAUCGGGGACCAUGGGGCACAAGCUCUUGGCAAGCUGAUCAGCCACAGCAGAUUAGAAACACUUAAUCUGUGUAACAACCAGAUCUGUCACCUGGGGGCUCAGGCUCUUGCUCAAGGCCUGGCUGAGAGCUCCACUCUGACCUCCCUGAAUCUACGCCUCAACUUUGUGGAGGACAAAGGUGGAGAGGCAAUUGGCCGUGCCCUGCUGACCAACGCCAGCCUGAAGUCCCUCCACCUGGGAAGCAAUAACCUGUCAGAGCCAACGGCAGCAGUGUUCUCCCAGGUCCUGGCUCAGAACACCAGUCUGACGAGCAUCAGCUUCUCAUGCAACCACCUGGGGAUGAAUGGUGGGAAGCAGCUGCUUAAAGGUCUGGCAAACAACAAGACUUUGACCAAGCUUGAUCUCCGCCAUGCAGAGGUGGACCAGGAGACCGAUUUCCUCAUUCACGAAAUCGUGUGGGCCAAUCAGGAAGUGGUGAGGCUGGGAUCUCUGCAGCACCCCACCACUGAACCCCUCUGA